AUGGAUCUUCUUCAUAGCAAUGGCGUGCUCAUCAUUCAGCAUUUACAGAGGGACUACAGGGCUUACCAGGAUUUCCUUAAUUUUAUGUCACAUGUUGGCGAUCCCCGGAAUAUAUUCUCAAUUUAUUUUCCUCUUUGGUUUCAGCUCAACCAAGUGGUUGGUACUAAAAUGAUAUGGGUUGCAGUAAUUGGUGAUUGGUUCAACCUCAUAUUUAAAUGGAUUUUGUUUGGCCAUCGCCCAUACUGGUGGGUGCAGGAAACAAUGAUUUACCCCAAUCAGUCGAGCCCAUGCCUUGAACAGUUUCCUAUAACAUGUGAAACUGGACCAGGAAGCCCAUCUGGACAUGCCAUGGGAUCUUCCUGUGUUUGGUAUGUAAUGGUCACAGCAGCACUUAGCUACACAGUUAGAUGGAAAGAUAAAUCAGCAGUUACCCUUCACAGAUUGACAUGGUCAUUCCUCUGGAGUGUUUUCUGGAUUAUCCAGAUCAGUGUAUGCAUCUCAAGAGUAUUCAUAGCAACACAUUUCCCUCAUCAAGUUAUUCUUGGAGUAUUUGCUGGCAUUCUUGUGGCAGAAGCAUUUGAGCAUACCCCUGCUAUUCAGACAGCAAGCUUGAGAAUGUACAUAAAGACAAACUUAUUUCUUUUCAUCUUUGCCUUUGGCUUUUAUCUAGUCCUCAAGCUUCUUGAUAUUGACUUGCUAUGGUCUGUUCCAAAGGCCAAGAAGUGGUGUGCCAACCCAAACUGGAUAAACAUCGACACAACUCCAUUUGCUGGACUGGUGAGGAAUUUAGGUGCACUCUUUGGCUUAGGUCUCGGAAUUAAUUCUGAAAUGUUCAUCUUGAGCUGCAAAGGUAAAAACAGCUGUAAGAUAAGUUUCCGCAUAUUGUGUAUAGCUGCUUCUUUAGCUACACUGCAGCUGUACAAUUUUGUUAAGAUACCUACUCAUACUGAGUAUCUGUUCUACAUUCUCUCUUUUUGUAAGAGUGCAGCUAUGCCUCUGACUGUAGUUGCCUUGGUUCCAUACUGUGUCCACUUGUUAAUGAGGACAACUGAAAAGAAACUUAAUUAGAUAAAGUUUCCAAAUGGUUAGCAAUGUGGGAACAGAUGCGAACUGUUCAAGAACCCUCCACAAAGGCAGUUAUGCUCACUCCUGUUAACCACUGCAUCUUUGAUGUGCUCCUGGUAAGUAACCGGUAUAUCCAAAUCAGUACAUUCACAAAUGACUUUGGCAGCUCAGAAAUAAUAAUUGCUGAUUUUAUUCUGAGAAAUAUUGCAACCACACUGCAGCAUGGUUAGAAAUCACCCAAUACUCGGGGUGAUAACAAAGUUUUAAAGCAUAAGCAACUAGUUUUAUUUAGUUACUUGGUGGUCGUAUUGUUCUGUCCAUCUCCAGCUAGAAGGUGCUUCACGCCUCGGUUGUACAUAGUGAUACUCAAUAUUUAUUUUUUUAUAUAUAAAUACUGUGUGUUAAACUGCUAAGUAAUGGUGUGACAGUGUCACACUGCCUACAACUGUACAGCUGUACCCAGAUACUGUGAAAGAGGCCAGCGAUAGUUAUCAGCAAGGCUUUAGACUUAACUUAUUGAGCUUCCUGAGCAAAACAGCUUCUGA